AUGAACCUUUGGAAACUGUGGACAGUGCGUGGGGAUUUCACUUCUAGCUCCUCCCCUGAUGCAAUCGACAUGCUGCCAGCGCCUCUCUGUGAGCAGUUGGGCGACUCUGCUAGCAGCACACAGAGGAGAGGAACCAGCGACCAACUCACCGACAAUCUCACCACAGUCGAUCUUGAUUGCAAGCCACUGGAUUUCCGGUGCGAGGGUGGCACCGAGGAGGGUGGCACUGAGGAGGGCGGGGAGGGCGGCACUGACGAGGGCAAUACUGACGAGGGCAGCACUGACGAGGUCGGCUCAAACGAGGGCAGAACAGACGGGGGCGGCACUAAGAAGGGACUUACUGCCUGCCAGCAGUACGAGAGGAACGCGCACACCUUUGGUGCCUCGUGGCCUCUGCUCUGCUGCGCUCUCGCCAGCAAGAGUCUUCUCAAUCUCGUCAUCGCCUUCUCCCCCAUCUCGCUCAUGUACAACGCCCAGCGCUCACAGUGGAUGCAGACCAUCCGCUUCUUCCUCACCCGCGCGGGCCCCCACUCGCUAGACCUCCGCUUCUCCGAUCCCGACCAACUGCCUACCCUUGGCGCCUGCAUCGCUUGCUGCAGCCCCUCCCUCUCGUCCCUCCGUCUGGAGCUGCAAGGCAUGGUUGACCUUUUCAAGGAGCAGCAGAACGAGCACUGGACUCUGACUUUGGAGAGUGUGACGUUCAAGAAUGUGAGCUUCCAGUUUUUGGACUCCAUCUCGCCGCAGCUGCACGAGUUCACUCUUUACGAGGAUAAUGACCUGAUUUUUGGCCCCUGCCUUGCCUCCCACACUCUCGCCUUCUCCUUCUCCAAUGCCCGCCUCCUCCGCUUCCGCUUUGCCAGCAGCGAGCUCAAGCUCACCCUCACCGUUUCGCCUGCGCUCAAGAAUCUCUCAGUGAUGGCCGAACGGCUCGUGCUCUCCUGCAAAACCACCGCCCCUCUCACCCUCGACCACCUCUCGCUGUACGGUCGGGAGCGGCUCGACAUCUCCUCCCUCUGCCUCGCGUCUGCCCGCGUGGCUUACUUGGGCGGGCCCGAACGUGACUAUGAGAACGAGUUCUGGACCAAAUGGCUUCGCACUAUAGCGCCAACAGUGGAGGUGCUUAUAGUGAGGCACGGGGUGCCGAUACAGAAGGCGUAUGCAGACUGGAGCAGCCUGCGCAGCCUUGGAAUUGUUGUGCACACCAAGGGGACACAUGGAUUGGACAGAAUUGCCACUGUGGAUAACUAUAGGUUCCUCACGGAUGACCACGACUUUUACGAUUUUUACGACGAAGAGGAUAAGGAGGAGGAUGGCUAUGAUUGGGACACUGGUGAUGCUGCCCCCAGUGGAAGCAGGCACGAGGUUCAGCAGAACAAGAACAAGAAGGCAUGUGCCAAGCCUCCCACCCUGUGUGCUCCGAACCUGCAGUUCCUCUUCUUCCCCUCUCGCAAGGCAUGUGACGCCGCCACACUGGUUGCACUGCGGCAGGACUACCCCGCCCUGGCGCUCUACUGUGUAGUGGACCACUCCUUCUUCUGGGAGAGGAAGGGAGCGCCGAAACGAUUGCUCCCCAUUACCUCUUCCCGCCUCCCCGUUUCCCCUUCCCGCCUCCCCAAUUCCCCUUCCCGACACCCCAUUUCCUCUUCCCGCUCCCCAUUACCCCUUCGCGCCUCCUCGUUUCCCCUUCCCGCUCCCCAUUACCCCUUCCUGCCUCUGCAAUUCCCCUUCCCGCCACCCCAUUUCCUCUUCUCGCUCCCCAUUAUCCCUUCCCGCCUCCUCGUUUCCCCUUCCCGCUCCCCAUUACCCUUUCCCGCCUCCCCAAUUCCCCUUCCCGCUCCCCAUUACCCCUUCCCGCCUCCCCAAUUCCCCUUCCCGCUCCCCAUUACCCCUUCUCGCCUCCCCAAUUCCCCUUUGAGGGGAGCAGUGGGGGAACGGGAGAGGCGCUAUGCGGGCGCUAAGCGGGAAAGGCGCGCAGCGGGUGCGGCGCUAAGCGGGAGAGGGUGA